AUGGAUUCCAUGUCAAUGUCCUUUGGAAAUGCCCUCUCCUCUCUGCAACUGGGAAGUAACCACGGCGGUACCAUUAACUUUAACUCUCCCGUGAUUCUCAAAUCCCUGGCAUUUCCUCAAAUGUUAGACCGGAGAGAUAACAUUGAGCAAUGUCAUGCCAGCACCUGCGAAUGGAUUCUGGAAAUGGAAGAGUACAAGACCUGGAUGGGCAGUCGUCAUGGCUUACUUUGGGUCAAAGGCAAGCCGGGUGCAGGCAAAUCGACCUUGAUGGCAUUCCUCUAUGAAAAGCUCGAGAAAUUUCCGGAAAAUGAUCAACGUGGGGCCAUUCAACUCGAUUUUUUCUUUACGGCUCGAGGCACUGAGCUACAGAGAACACCACUUGGUAUGUUCAGGUCUUUGCUCAACCAGAUAUAUGCCUCAGACGAAACUGUGCGCUGUGCCGUCCGCGAGGCUUAUGAAAAACGAUGUCGGCUGUUCGGACAUAACGAUGAACACAAAUGGCCACAGAAAACACUGGAAGAGCUACUGACAAGUGCUAUUCUCACAUCGGCAAAUCAAAAGCAAGUGAGAGUCUUUGUGGAUGCUCUGGAUGAGACAGGGGCCGAGUCCGCCCCGCAGCUGGCAGCAUAUUUCCAUCGACUCAGUACUCGUGCUGAAAAGGAGAAGGUGUCUGUUCAGAUCUGCAUCUCGUGCCGACACUAUCCCAUCAUAGCAAGCCCCCAGGCUGUGGAAAUCUGCGUCGAAGAUCAUAAUCGGAGGGAUAUUGCGACAUACAUCGACGACGUUCUUGCUGAUAUGGAAAAUGAAGAAGAUAUCACUGAAACCAUGAAAGAGGAACUUAUGAAGGAACUGACAGGAAGAGCAAAUGGUGUAUUCCAAUGGGUCCACAUCAUGCUGCCUCUUCUUCAACAGCGAGUCCUUGACGGGGAUUCGUUGGAUGAAGUCAGCUCCUGGUUAAAUGAGGUCCCGGCUGAUCUAGAGGAGGUGUAUACAUACAUUCUCAACAAUGUGAUAGAUGAGAGGAAUCGUGGACAGUCGUUCCUGUUAUUUCAAUGGCUGUGCUUUGCUGAGCGGUCUUUGACGUUGACUGAAGUCCGGUACGCCUUGGUAGCGGAGAAUACCAAGAUAUUGCUUUCACCAAAACCAUGGGAGAAGGUUGAGGGAUUUGUCGACAGUGACAAGCGCAUGAAGCGGAAACUCAAAGCCCUUUCUGGUGGCCUAGUUGAGGUUGUUUCUGGCCAGGAGAAGAGUGAUAACUCAGCAUGGGGGUUUGACGGGCCCUUGCAGUUAGUUCAAGUGGUUCACCAGUCGGUUAAUGAUUUUCUAUCCAACAAAGGAUUGGAGCUUUUGCAUCUGUCAGCCGACAAAAGUUCAUCACUUGAAUGUGACACGGCGCCUUUCUCGAAAUUUCAAGCAACUCUUUAUAGGUCUUGUCUGGUUUAUUUCGCCACGUCAAAUACGCCCCGAAAAUUGACGAAAAAGCAAUUGAUUCAGAGCUACCCGUUUCUUGCAUAUGCCACCGAGAACCUUUUCAUUCAUGCGGAAAAAAGUGCCGAAUCGCGAAUCGACGUGCUUAAUAAUGAAAUUGAUACCCUUCAGCGGCUCUUCGACAGAUGGCUCAGCAUCCAUCGCUGCUUUAGCGAAGAAAGUACAUCCCAAGACACAUUCCCGCCGCUCGGCACCAAACUUUCACACGUGGCUGCAUUAUACAAUCUAGUCGAUGUCAUAGAAUGGCUGGCCUCAAACAGCAACGAUCUGGGGUCCGAAGACAGCGACGGAAAUACGGCGUUUCAUUUCGCUGCUCGACGUGGUCAUAUAACAGUGGCAAAGAUCCUGCGACAGAAUGGAGCAGACUGUGGGGUAAAAAACACCAAAUCUGGAAAAACGCCAUUGAUAGAGGCGGCCGAAAAUGGAAAUUUGGAAUUUGUCGAAUGGCUCCUAACCGGGGGAGUAAAUCUCGACCAGGCGGCGCAUGAUGAGGGAAGCGCGCUUCAUGCAGCUUCAGAAAAUGGUCAUCAUGCGGUGGUGACAAUGUUACUCGAAGCGGGAGCGGAUGUCAAUACCCAAGGUGGGCUUUUUGGCAACGCUCUACAAGCUGCUACUUAUUAUGGAAAUAUUGAAGCAGUUCAACUACUACUAGAUGCCGGGGCCGAUGUCAAUGCCCGAGGUGGCGAAUAUGGCAAUGCUCUACAAGCUGCUGCGAGGCAGGGAAAUAUCAAAGUGGUCCAGCUACUACUAGAUACCUCUGCCAAUGUCAAUGCCCAAGGUGGUAAAUAUGGCAAUGCUCUCCAAGCUGCUGCAAGGCAUAGAAAUAUCAAAGUAGUCCAAAUACUACUAGAUGCCCAUGCGGAUGUCAAUGCCCAAGGUGGUCGAUAUGGCAACGCUCUCCAAGCCUCCGCUUUCAAUGGAGAUACAAAAGUAGUUCAAAUACUACUAGAUGCCCAUGCGGAUGUCAAUGCCCAAGGUGGUCGAUAUGGAAAUGCUCUGCAAGCCUCCGCUUUCAAUGGAGAUAUCAAAGUUGUUAAAAUACUACUUGACGCUGGUGCAGAUGUCAAUUCCCAAUGUGCCACAUAUGCUAGUGCUCUACAAAUUGCUUCUUUUUAUGGGGAUAUCGAAAUAGUCCAAAUACUCCUAGAUGCCCAUGCUGAUGUCAAUGCCCAAGGUGGUAGAUAUGGCAGCGCACUGCAGGCUGCUGAAUCAGGGGGGCGCAUAACGAUAGUACAGGUGCUAUUAACCGCCGGUGCUCGUGAAAUUUGA